AUGUUUGAGGAUGAUAAAUUAAUUCUAUUAGCAUAUUCUCAAAAAGAUGCUAGUGUAUCAAGUAAACAUAUGCUACAACAAUUAUUAACACAACAAGUAAUACCUAGUUCAUCUUCCGAAUCUCAAUCUAUUGAUUAUCCUCAAUGUCGUCAAGCAGCUGUAUCAUAUGUCAUGAAUGUAUUUCCGUCAAAUGAUUGUACAUCACGUUUUAUUCUUCUAACUGCAUGUUCAGAUAAAAAUGAAGAUAUACGUUCAUUAGCUCGUCGAAAUUUAUUUAAUGAACAAGAUAAUACUUAUCCUGAUUUUCAAUUAUUACUUAAAUUAAUAUUAUCAAAUGUUCAGAAAAAUUCUUCUAUAGAUAGACAUACAUUAAUUUAUCAUCCUCAAACAUAUCAAGAAAUGAUUUAUUAUUUACAUCGUUGUUUAAUACGACAAAGUUUUAAUGGUGAAAAAAUAACACCAUUAUGGAAAUAUGAAGAACAAUUAUUAUAUGUAUAUGAUAUAGCUAAACAAAAUACAACAAUUUGGUAUAAUUAUAUACAAUUUUUACUUGAUUUUGUACUUGUUAUACAUGAUUGUUUAUCAACAUAUUUUUUAUUCGAAGCUAUUAUUAUUGGUUAUCAUUUAAAUGAUAAUAAAUUAAUUGAAUUAUUUAAUGAUAAUAUAAGUUCAUUUCGUCAAUUAUGUCUUUUUUCAACACGUGAUGAUACACGUCGUUAUUCAUCAUUACUUUAUGCAUAUGUACUAUCAAAAAAUUCAAAAAAUUUAUUAGCUAUUGAUGAAUUAAUUAAAAUAAUACAAAAUAUAAAUCAACGUUUUGAACAACGUGAAGCAAGUAUACUUGCAUUUGGUUAUAUUUGUUCAUAUUUAGAACAAUCAAAUGAAUAUUUAAAUUAUGGAAAAAAUCUUCUUUUAAAAAUUUUUUUUGAUAAUCAAAAUGAAUAUACUUUAUCAUUAUUAAUAUCAAUUGGACAAUUAGCACGAAUGAAUUGUUUUAAUAAUGAUGAUGAAUUAAAUAUAAAAAGUUUUAUUGAAAAAAUUCAAACUAAAUUAAAAACAAUCAAUGAAACAAAUCGAAUUAAAGAAAAAGCUAUACAAACCUUAGGAUUUUUAGCUGUUUGUUAUAGAAAACAAAGUCAAAAUAUUAUUGAUAUUUUAACACAAUCACUUGUUGAUACAAAACAAAUUGAACUUCAACUUAAUAUUGGUGAUGCUCUUAUAUGUUGUAUUCUUGGUGUUGAUACACCAUUGGUUAAUGAUCCUUAUGAUAUUUUUAAUCAAAAAUCUUCAUCUGAUAAACAAAUAUCAAGAGAUGAAUAUGAAUUUCGAUCUAAUUUAAUAAAUUAUCUUAUUGAUCGUAUUCUACAUUAUUCAUCUGAUAUAAAUAAUUCUCAUAGUAGACAAGCUGCAUUUCUAUGGUUAUUAACAUUUCUUAUACAUUGUCGUCGACCAUAUUUAAUAUCAACGUAUCGUUCAUUAUUUGAAUUAAAAUUAUUUUCAUUACAAACAAAUCUUAUUUAUGGUUUACUUGAUCAAGAUGAAUUUAAUCAAGAAUUAUCAUGUAAAUGUCUUAUUUAUAUAUAUGAAAUAAUUGAAAAUAAUGAAUUAGAAUUAAAAUUUAAUAAUAAAUUAUUUGAAUAUUUUACUGAUAAUACACGUACAUAUUCAAAUCAAUUAACAACAAUGGCUUAUGAACAUAAUAUACAACAAAUAAAUAUAGAUAAUUCACAAAUAAUAUUUUAUAAAGAAUUAUGUUCAUUAGUUAAUUUAUUAUCAAUAGAAAAAAAUCUUAAAUCUCAAUUAUUUUAUUCAUUACUUUAUUUAGCACAUGAAAAUUCCAUAUGGUCAACAACACGUUAUGGACAAAUAUUUCAUAAAAAUGAUUAUGAAAAAAAAUCUAUUGAUUUUAUAUUUAUUUAUAUUGAACAAUUAAUAUCAAGACUUUAUCGUCUUCUAUAUGAUCCACAAAUGCGCAUACAAGAAUGUAUAAAACGUAUAUGGAAUAAAUUAUUUUCUUCAACAAAACAAAUAGUUAUUGUUGAAAAAUAUUUUUCAAUUAUAUUCAAUGAUUUAUAUAAUGAUAUAUUAUCAUCACGUUGGCGUAUACGUGAAAGUAUACAAUUAGCUUUAUUGGAUAUAUUUCGAAUGUUAAAUAGAAAAUUAAUUGAUAAUCAACAAUAUAUUAAAUUAUUUCAAGAAUUAUUUCGUCGUUUAUUAGCUAUUUGUGAUGAUACAAAAGAAUCUGUACGUAAAGCAGCAUUAACAACAAUUAAUUCAUUUAAACAAAAUUGUGUAUUACUUGCGUGUGAUCCAGCUACAACAAUAUCAAAUGCUAUGAGUGACGAAGAACAUAAAGCACGUGGAAGAUAUGUACUUGAACAAGUUUUACCUGUAAUUUUAAAUGAUGGACUUUAUAAUAAAAAUGAAGAUAUUUCAAAAUUUUCAUUGAAUACAAUUAUGGAAAUAAUUCGUUAUGGUGAUCGUGAUACAUUAAAACCGUAUUGUACUGUAAUAAUAAUAGCUCUAUUUGAAGCCUUAUCAUCAAUUGAACCUGAUUUAUUUAAUUAUGCUUCAAUGAAAUUAUCUGCAUCUGAAAUGAAAGAACAAAUUGAUAUAGCACGUUUACAUUGUGCACGUUCAUCACCAAUAAUGGAUGCAAUAAAUACAUGUACAAAUCAAUAUGUUGAUGAAAAUAUUUUCGAUGAUCUAUCAGGAAAAUUAAUUGAAACAAUAAAACAUUCCAUUGGUUUAACAACAAAAUGUCUUAUUGGACAAUAUUUUAUAACAUUAAGUAAUUUAUAUCCAAAAAUUUCAUCAAAAUAUGUUGGUAAAUGGAUGGCUAUAUUAGUUAAUACAAUGAGUAUUAAUUCAAAUCGUACAUUAAGAAAAACUUAUACAAAUGUAUUAGGUACAAUUGUUCGUAUAGCUAAACGUUCAUCAAUUGAAAAUCUUUUACAAAAAAUUUCAACAUGGUAUUAUCAAACUGAUAAUGAUUAUCAAUAUGUUUGUGCAUUAACACUUAAUUCAAUAUCACAAUCAAAUCAUGAUAUACUUUUAGAAUUUGGUCAACAAAUAUUACCAUUAAUUUUUUUAGCUAUGCAAGAAAAUAUUUCAAAUACGAAAGAUGAUAAUGAACAACAAGAAGAAUUUAUUUGGAAAAAUUUAUGGAUUGAACAUACAGGAAGUUCAAUAACAGGAAUACAAACAUAUAUUAAAGGAAUUAUUGAUAAUAUACGUUCAGCUAUUGAACAUAAUUCAUAUUCAAUGAAAAUAAAAGGUGCACGAGCUAUACAAAUGAUUGGAGAAACAUUAAAAACAAAUUUAAAUAAUGAAUAUUUAUUUAUAUUAGUUGAAUUACUUUUAAAAGGACUUUAUGGAAGAGUUUAUGAAGGAAAAGAAUAUUUUCUUCGAGCUAUCGAAACAACUUGUACACAUUGCAAAGCUACAUUAAAAACUUCUCCCGAUCUUGUUCAACGUACUUAUGAAAGUAUUCUUAAAGAAUGUAAAAAAGAAUCACUUCAAUAUCGAUCAGUUGCUAUACGUGUAUUAUCAUUACUUGCUGAUGAAUAUAAUUUUCAAGCUUAUGAACUAUAUUGGACAUGGUUUGAAAAGACAUUUAAACAACCGGAUCCAAACGAAGAAGAAGAUAAAAAUAAUAUUGAUGAAGAUCCAAUCUUAUCUGAUAAAUAUAAUCGAACAUUAAUUGAAUGUUUGCCACGAUUUUGGCCAAAAACUUCUCAAAUAGAAUCAACAUAUAAAAAAAUAACAUUUCAAUUACUUAUUGAAAUCAUUAUUCGUUCAAAUUGGCAAAUGCAAUUAAUUGUGAUACAAUCACUAAAUGAAAUUUUACAAAAAAGUUCAACAAUAAUUUCAUCUGAUAUAAUAUAUUUACUUGAACCAAUCAUUAAUUUAGGUCCACGUACAAAAUCUAGUGGAUUAAAACGUGAAAUACUUAAAUUUUUAAAAAUAGUCUUCGAAAAUUCACAAUAUUCAAUAUGUUUUAAUGAAAAUGAACAUAUAAAAAAUAUUCUUCAAUUUAAUAUUGAUGAAAUGAUACAUGAUAAUCGUUCAAAUGAAAUAAAUGAACAAGCAAAAGAAUUAAAAAAACAAUAUGAACAUUUAUUUAUAAAAACAAAAUCUAUUGAGAUAACAAAUUUCGAUCAAAAUGAAAAUAAUUUAUUUUGA